UCUCUAUUUCGCAAACACAAAUUCACUGUUUUAAAAACAAAUUCAUUGCUUUACAAAUACAAAGUCACUAUAAAACCAAUAACAAUACAAAUUCACUGCUUUAAAAAUACAAAUUCACUGCUAAUGUAAAGAAUUUGCAUGUGUGCUUAAAAUAGUGAAUUUUUGCUUUUAAAGCAGUGAAUUUGUGUUUAUAAAGCAAUGAAUUUGUGCAAUUAAAGCAGAAUGUAUACAUUGAGCAGUAUCGAGUCGGGAUGACAAAUAUUUUAACCUCUAAAAUCUCGUACUUUAACGCUUGAUAACUCGAUUCAUGAUGAAAACGCGGAGGCCGACCGCCGCGUUUUCUUUUUUCCAGAUUCUUUCAUUUUGAGUGAAAAUACGUCGAAUUAUGGCGGAAAAAGGUGCUCAUUUGACUGGGACUGCAUACAUUAGGCCUUCUAUAUUUGAGAUUAUUGCACAGGAAUCCCUUGCAUCGACUCUUGAACCGGCUUUUAAAAAAAUUCUUUCGUUUCUUGUAUCUUUUAAUCUUGAGAAAUAUGGGCAUAUUCUUCAAUGGACAGAUGAAGGGUAUUUAAUUUUUAAUGUAUUUCUUCAACGAUAUUACCUAAAGAGAUAUUUUGCAUCAUUUUCUGAAACAUUUUAUGGUUUGAAACGUGUCACAAUAAUUAAUUCCAAGACAGGAUUACAAGAAAAAUUAUCACAUAAACAACAAAUAUUAUCAUUAAUAAUAAUAGUGACAUUUCCAUAUUUAAAGAAUAAACUUGUGCAACUUAGUACAAAAUAUAAACUACAAAACAUAGACAGUACAUCAAGAAAGAGGAGACAAAAGUUUUUCAAUAAAUGUGUCGUUAAAGGACUCUCAAUUCUUUUUAUAACAUAUGAAACUCUCGUGUUAUAUAAUUACAUACUUUACGUAUCUGAGAAAUCAAUAUACCCAUCAUUCUUGCUAAGACUACUAUCUGUUACAUUGACAUACGCCGAUCCGCAAUCUGCUCUCACUGUCACCGAGUUAUUAAGGAAAAUAAAAUAUAAUUCAUUCACUGUCUCUGAUGGAUGGAAUAUACUUCAAAGAAUCAUUACUGGAUCUCUUGAACUCGGAGCUUUCUUCUUACAAUUUCUUUCUUGGUGGAAUCAGGAAAAUUAUGACAUGGAUAUUAUGAGUCUUCCAGCUCCACCGCCACCAAAGGUGCCAAAUGUAGCGCAGCAAUAUAAAGGAAUUUGUCCACUUUGUCAUAAGCCUCAUCAUAUACAUACCGUGCUUAUGGUAUCUGGUUACAUAUUUUGCUAUCAAUGUAUUUUGUUGGAAAUACGGAUAAAAAAGAAAUGUCCAGUAACACAUUAUCCUGCCAAAGAAGAUGAUCUAAUUCGUCUAUAUAUAGAAUAAUAAAUUAUACAUGCAUGUAAUUUUUCAUGUAUAUGUUGAAUAUAAUAUACACAUGUAAAUGUCAAAGAAGAAAAUAAGUAUUGUGAGAAGAAGUUGGGCUUUAUUCGUUUUAUGAAUGAAUUACAUAUUUCAAAGUUAUUUGGCAUUAUAUCUUCAAUUUAGUUGUAUUAUAUA